UGUGUGUUUGAGUGUGUGUGUGUGUGUGUGUGUGUGAGAGAGAGACAGAGUGCGCGCGCGUGCGUGAGUGUGAGUGUGAGUGUGUGAGAGAGAGCAAACUGCUGUUGUGGUCGCAUCUUUAAUCAUUAUAUCUAAUUAUAAUAGAAGACUUGGAUCUAGCAGUCCAGCUCUCAGGUCGUGAUGGCAGAUAAGACUGAAGACUCCAUCAUCCUGCACCAAGAGAGUGACAUCCAACCAGGAUCCCUGCAGGAAGAAAAGCAAGAAGAGAAACCUGGAGAAAAAAGCAGUAAUGAAGGAGAAGAACGAGAAGAACACGAAGACUCCAACAUCUACCCCUACAUCAAAGAGGAUCUGUUCACCUCUGAGAUCUUCAAGGUGCAGAUCCAGAACCUGCCCAGGCAUGUCAGCUUCAACGACCUGAAGAAGUUCCUGAGCAAACAAGGGCUGAAUCCCCACAAGAUCAAGCUUAUGGGGAGGCAGACCUUCGCCUUUGUCACCUUCAAAAACCAGGAGGACAGGGACAAGGCCAUGAAGCUGGUCCACGGCAUGCACUGGAAGGGGAGAGUCCUGAGCGUGCGAUUGGCCAAGCCCAACGCCGACCCCCUCCUCAGGAAGCGUAGGCAGGACGCAGAGGUGGCGGAUGGAGGACAGCCUGCACCCAAACGUCCCUCUGAGGGACACCAAGGCUCCGAGGACGAACCCCUUAGCGUCCAGCUCGCCAACGCGGUCACACCCCUGUGGAAGGUCCCGUACCCCGAGCAGCUCCAGAGGAAGGAGCAGGAAGUCAAUGCAGUCCUGCAAACGCUCACCAGGGAGAUCGGGAACAGUAAUAAAGCCAUGCUGCCAUGGCUGUUUGUGCAGAAGGAGAAAAAUAAAGGUCUGUGUUGUCCUCUGGAGCCCAUCAAACCUUCACCUGUACAGACAGAGUACAGGAACAAGUGUGAGUUUGUGAUCAGUACCGGUGCGGACGGUGAGGAGAAGGUGGUGGGGUUUCGCUUGGGGAAGUAUAAAGGAGGCUUGUGGGCUGUGGUGAGUCCCUCAGACACCAUCCACGUUCCUGAAGGAGCCAAACGUGUCGUCCUCGCCUUCCAGAACUACAUCAGGUCGACUCCUUAUGCUGUGUACAGUCCAGAGACGUAUGAAGGACACUGGAGACAGCUUACAGUCCGCACGAGCAGAACCAGUCAGGUCAUGGCUGUAGUCUUCUUCCAUCCACAGAAACUGGACGAGGACGAGAUCACGUCUCUGAAGGAGUCGCUGAAGCACUGUUUUACUGACGGAGACGGGAAGGAGAGCGGAGUGACGUCUCUACACUUCAUCAGAAUGGGACAGAGGACGUCUUCAGGAACAGGAGAUUUAGCGUGUGAGCUGGUGGCCGGUGAGCCGUGGAUCCAUGAGGAACUUCUGGGUCUGAGGUUCCGAGUCUCUCCUCACUCCUUCUUCCAGACGAACACUCUGGCAGCAGAGGUGUUGUACUCGUCUGUAGGUGAAUGGGCUCAGCUGGAUCAAGACUCCACCCUGCUGGAUGUGUGUUGUGGAACAGGAACCAUCGGCAUCUCUCUGGCCAAGAAAGUCAGGCAGGUGAUUGGAAUCGAUUUGUGUCAGGAGGCAGUGAACGACGCAAAAGUGAACGCAGAAGCUAACGGUUUAACCAACGUGGAGUAUCACUGUGGUAAAGCGGAGGACAUUUUCCCCACCAUACUGAACGCUGUGGUGUCUCCUAAUAUUACUGCGAUUGUAGAUCCUCCUCGAGCAGGACUGCAUUCCAGGCUGAUUCUGGCCAUCAGGAAGGCGGAGCAUCUGAAGCGGCUGAUUUACGUCACCUGUAACGCGAAAGGGGCCAUGAACAACUUCACCGAUCUGUGCAGAGCUCCGUCUAACCGAGUGCAUGGAGCACCGUUCCGUCCGGUGCGAGCGAUGGCUGUGGAUCUGUUCCCUCAGACCGCACACUGUGAGACCGUGCUGCUGUUCCAGAGGGUCGACUACAUCUAACUACAUCUCGAUGUCUCUCUCUCUCUCGCUCUCUCUCUCUCUCUGUGUGUCUCUCUCUCUCUCUAGCUGCACCUGAGGAGUUAUUUGUUAAUAACCUUUUAUUUUCACAUGCAAAUGGACUCGAGAUGAUUUUUAAGUUCUUGUAAAACUGAAAAAAACCUUUUCAAAAGGUACAAAAAUACAAUCAGUGUUUUUCUGACCCAGAAAUUAGCUCCACCCCCUUCUGUUUAAACCUGUAUAAGAGUUAUACGGUUUGUUUAUGGUCUCCAUUCUCAUCGUCACAGCAAGUUACAUACUGCUGCUUUAAUCAUCUUGUAUAUUAAAGUUGUAAUGACAAAUAAAGAAAGAAAGAGAAGCGUC